AUGACAUCGACAUACGCCUUGCCAGCGACAGCCAUCCAUCAACAUCAUCCUUCCUCCGACCACGGCUGUUCGCAUUCCCACAGCCAUGGUCACAACAACGGCCACUUACAUAGCACCUCAUCACUGGGUGGACUGAGCCCGACUCGAAGCAGGAAGGAGUCCAGAGCUAAUGGCGGUCACUCCCACAAUCGCAGCCAGGAUCAUGACAUCAACCACACCAACCACCGAGCCAACUCGAGCGUCCCUAAGCCACUAAAUCUCGGGCCGACGUUGAGUUCCAACGCGCACUGGAGGACCGAGUCGACACUGGGAGGCAAGCCUUUGGUUACACCAACCAGCGCCAGCUUCGACGCCGCCGGGAUAUACCAACCGCCGGCUUCCAGAGUGCGCGCCGAUACACGCUCCCACGACCACUCCCACGACCAUGACUACGAUCACGGACAUGGGCACAGUCAUGAUCAUGACCAUGGCCACGGUCAUGGCCAUGAUCACUCGGUGGAGCGGUCAAGAUUCACAAAGUUCUUGCUACCGCGGAUCGCGAGGUGGCCCCUAGUCCAUGCGGUGGUAGUGGAGAAGGACUCUCGCCGAAUAUUCUACUUUAUGUCACUCAACCUCGCGUUUAUGAUGAUCCAAGCAUUUUACGGCUAUGUCACAGAUUCCCUUGGUCUGUUGAGUGACAGCAUUCAUAUGUUCUUCGACUGCGUGGCAUUGGCAGUCGGCCUGUUUGCUGCCGUUGCGAGCAAAUGGCCACCGAGCGAGCGGUUCCCAUACGGCUUUGGCAAAAUCGAGACGUUGAGCGGUUUUGCCAACGGUGUGUUUCUGAUUCUCAUCAGCGUCGAAAUUAUGAUUGAGGCGUGUGAGCGCAUGAUGGAGGGCAGGGAAACCAAACGGCUUGGAGAGCUGUUUGUGGUCAGCACGCUGGGCCUACUGGUCAAUUUGGUGGGCAUGGCGGCAUUCGGGCACCAUCAUCAUGGACAUGAUCAUGGGCACUCUCAUAGUGGUUGUGGUGGACAUUCGCAUGGUCACGAUCACAAACACGACCAUGGCCAUGAUCACGACCACAGGGAUGAGAAAAAGGAUGCCCACGGUCACUCGCAUUCGCACUCCCACGACAACGAAAACAUGUACGGCAUCUAUCUUCAUGUGUUAGCCGACACUUUGGGAAGCGCGGCUGUUAUCGUAUCGACCAUUCUUACACACUUUUAUAAGUGGGCUGGCUGGGAUCCUCUGGCCUCUUUCCUCAUUGCUCUCCUGAUUUUGCUUUCGGCGCUGCCGCUGGUCAAGUCUUCGGCAAGGAGGUUACUGCUUACGAUUCCACCCGAGAUCGAGUAUAACUUGCGCGAUACCCUGUCUGGAAUCACAGGUUUGAAGGGUGUGGUCAGCUACGCGGCGCCCAAGUUUUGGAUGGAUGACCGGCACAGUGAGGGCGGGCCGGCGAAUAAACUGCUCGGUGUCAUGCACGUUGUGGCGGGCCGGGGCAUGGACAUGGAGGACGUGCGGGAUCGUGUGCGCAACUACCUGCUUGAACACAACAUUGAUAUCACGUUGCAGGUCGAGCGGGAAGGGGACACAAGCUGCUGGUGUGGCGUAGGACGGAGUCCGCUCUCCCAGGCUCACAAGUCGACAAAUAGCAUCAGCAUCUUCUAG